AGAAUCGAGGCGUAGAAGAUUUUGUCCGUUCGGCACGUCCAAGCAUUUUCUCGUUGAUUGAAAUUGUUUACGCCUCAUCGCAAACUGAGAUUCUCGCGUAGAUCAACAAUUCAGUAGAUAGUCGCGAACGAAGCAAGCGCAGCAACGAAUAAUUGUUUUGUGCGAAGUGUCAUUUUAUUCACUUGAAGAAUCCUGCUCAGAAGGCAUAACCUCUCACCUCGCGCAAGAGCAAACCAGUAGUGUGUGUUGUGUGAAGCUCGUUGAGCGUAUGGCUCCGCCGAUUGCGACUGCGGCAAAUGUUACUUCAAUACCGGGUAUACCUAGUAAUACUACGGAAACUGGUUCUAAUAGUCGAUAUGUAGUUUCCAGUAUCGGCUCCGGUGGCCAUCCGUCCGGUCGUGGUCUUAAUAUAACCGAAGAUACUCUUCGACUCAUCGAUUGCGUGAAAGCCCGACCAGCACUCUGGCAUCGCAAACAUCUUCGGCAGCGCGUUCAAGUUGCGCAUCGCGGCUGGGAAGAAAUUCGCAAAACGUUCAAGGCCACUGACGUGACAUCCCUAAAGGUUCGCUGGAAAACAUUACGUGACAGUUUUCGUCGUGAGGUGAAACGCAUCGAAGAUGGUGAACUAAUCACCUCCAGUUGGCCUCUUUUCGGUCGUAUGUCCUUUCUAAUCGGUCACUUCAGGACAAGAGAAAGCUACUGCAAGGGCGGCUCACUUUCUCCAGAGCAAAACAAAUCAGCAGAAGAGGAACAUUGGCCAUAUAACCACGAUAAACGCGAGUCACUUGCUGAAGAAGAUAGUUCUGCUUUGGUAGCGGUCGAUAGCGAGGAGUUGGAAUUGGUGGAAACGUUAUCGAUCUACCCUAAACGUGCACGAUAUGAGUCGCAUCCCGGAACCAGAGAUAGUUACAUCGUAGGUGAGAGUGAUCAGGAUGAGGAAGCUGUGAUUGAAGAGCUCAAAAAUGUAUCGCAAGGCGAAUCAUACGGGGAUGUGGAGAUCGGGACGACUCUUAAUUGUGAGGUGAUCGAAGUCCCUCCGGAAAUAUAUGGAGAGGUUACGUUUAAGAACAAGCUUCGUGCUCGCAUUAAGUCCGAGCCGGUUGAAAUGUUUAAAAUUGAAAACAAGGCGCUCGAUUCGGAUGCUGAUUAUAAUUUCCUUAUGAGUUUGUAUCCUUUCUUGAAGCAACUGUCGGGUAAAAAAAAUCUCUCUGUUAGGAUUAAGAUUCAGCAGUUAAUUGCUGAGGUAAUGGAUUAGAUAAUUAUUCUGAAUAUAAAUUAUUUGUUAUUUUGUUGAA